AGUAGUCGACCACAACCGAGAAUCAGCACAAUCCUCCAUUCCAAAGAAGCAAACGGACCGACACAACUCGAGUCGUUCCGUCCCAUCACUGCGGUCGCCUACCUCUAGUAAUUGAUUGACUAUGAGGACAAUUCCUUUUCAGUUCUGGACGCGAAUGCUGCUGGCGACGGCGUUGUGCCAGCAUCCCUCCGUGUCGUCGCUGGUGCACGCGGCAGCGGACGACACUGGCACGGUGGGUCUAUCAGCGGGUAAACUGCGAUCCAACGCGGAAGAAGCCAUGGCGGUGGGGGACUACACCACCGCUGUGCAGUAUUUGCAGGAGGCGAUCACGUUGGAACCGGAAAGUGCGGUGAAUCACUACAAACUGUACCGGAUUCGACACCGAAAACGUCACUACCUCGAAGCCCUCAGGGAUAUUUCCCAAGCCGUUGAGUUGGAAUCGUCGGCUUCUUAUCGCAAGCUCAAGGCCAAACUCUUGGUAACGUUGGGACAAUGUGAUCGGGCCGUGGCGGAACUGGAUUUGUUGGCACCCAACGAUCAGGACAAUGCUCAGUAUGAAACAGCCAAGAUGUGCCACGAAACAAUACAACUGGCGGAGUACCAUUUUCUCAAUCAAGAGUACGAGCUUGCUGCAGAAUAUUUUCAGCAGGCCAUGUCGUUUGUUGAGAUUGCAUCAGAUCUUGUUUGGCCCAAAGCCAAGUCCCUGUUCGAAACGGGGGACUACUACGGCGUUAUCUCCGAUACCGGUAUGUUGUUGAAACAGCACCCGCAUCACGUCGAAGCGUACUGUUUGAGAGGGUCUGCAUAUCAUCGCCUGGGCGAACACGAUCAAGCGGUGCUACAUUUUCGGGAAGGACUCAAGUUGGAUCCCGAGCAGGCGGACUGUAAAAAGGGACACAAGAGUGUCAAAGCGCUCGAAAAGAAGAAAGCGAAGGGCGACGAAGCCUACGCUGCCGGUGAUUUUGAAAGCGCAUCGGGGCACUACGAAAGGGCUAUGAUGCUGGAUCCGACUCACCAUGCCUUCAAUCGUCCCGUCCAACUCCAACUCGUACAAACAUAUUCCAAACUAGGCCAACACAAAAAGGCCAUGGACACAGCACAGAAGUAUGUGGAAGAGCUAGAGUCACUAGAGGGACUCUGGGCUCUGGCCAACGCCCAACAAGCUGCAGACAGCUACGAAGAUGCCGUGCGUACAUUUCAGAGGGCAGUCGAGGUUGCCCCAGAUGGUAGCGAGCAGGAACGGGAAGCGAAUCAAAAAUUGAAGAACGCUCAAGUUGCGUUGAAGCAAAGUAAAGAGAAGAACUACUAUAAAAUAUUGGGUGUGUCCCGAUCAGCCACAGCAAAGGAAAUUAAAUCAGCCUAUCGCAAACUCGCACUCAAGUACCACCCGGAUAAAGUUUCGGAUGAAGAAAAGGAAGGUGCCGAUUCCAAGUUUGCCGACAUCGGCGAGGCCUACGAAGUCUUGUCGGAUCAAGAAUUACGCACCAAGUAUGAUCGGGGCGAGCAGGUUUUUGAAAAUCAAGGAGGCGGUCCGCGGCAUCAAAAUCCGUUUCAGUUCUAUCAACAGCAGUUCCAACAAGGUGGCGGUGGUGGUGGACCACGAGUGCACUACCGCUUCAACUAGAUGGCCAUUUCUCGCAAAAAUAGCGAGCGAUGACAGUAGCUAAUCCUCAAAUCGAACCACUAUAGCUUAAUCCAGAGCUCCUCUUGUAGGCGCUUCUUGUUAGACAG